CGUUUUCAAAACUACGGAAAUCUGGUUUCACACGUAAAACGAAGGACAGGUGUAAUGUUCUUAAGAGGUUAAGUUGUCUGUAAAACACCCGUACUUCGGUGCUUCACAAGACACCGGCGUUUCCACCGACCGUUCGAGCGAGCGAGCGGAGCGCGGCGGGCUGCCUCGGGUGUGCCGGUUGCAGGUGACACAUGGACUACCUCGACACGGUGGAGCGGGUCGCGCACAGCCUGCUGGGAUACGCCCGAGAGCAGAGCGCUUGGAAGAGCUGCAGAAAGACGAAUGCAGUCACGGUUUACUGGCGACCAUCGGUUGAAUUCCCAGGGAAUUUGUACAAAGGCGACGGCAUCAUAAACGGGAGCCCCGACAAGGUGUGGGAGUGUUUGAAACCGGUUCCUGAUGGACUGAGAGUGAAGUGGGAUGACAACGUCAAGAAGUUUGAGCUGAUCAAGCGGGUCAAUGACAACGUCUCUGUGUGUAGAACCGUCACUCCCUCGGCAGCCAUGGGUAUCAUUGCACCUCGAGAUUUUGUUGAUGUUGUUUUAGUAAAAAAAUAUGAAGAUGGCACAAUUACAUCCAAUGCUACCCACGUAGAACAUCCUGAUUGCCUGCCCCAGCAGGGCUACGUUAGGGGGUUUAAUCACCCCUGCGGUUGUUUUUGUGUUCCCAUCCCUGGCGAACCAGGCAAGACACAGGUCCUGAGCUUCUUCCAGACAGAUCUGGGAGGCCUGCUGCCUCGCUCUGUCGUGGACUCCUUCUUCCCCUCCAGCAUGACACAGUUCUACUGCAACCUUGCCAAGGCUGUGAAGUCUCUCUGAGGCUUUUGACACUGUCCUUUUAACAGUCAUUAGCGAAAUCCAGUCCAUUUGUUUCAUUCCUUUAGCUUGUACCAGGUUUCUUUGUAGAUUUUUUUCCAGUACUGUCAGUGAUACUGCCAAAAUUUCUUCAGUACUUUAAGACAUACAUACACACAGAGCACGGAAUAGUUCCAUAUCAGUAGAAACUGUUAUUAAACAACCUUUUUUUAUUAUUAUAAAUGGGAGAACUGUACACACUCUAAUUAUGCGCAAUACAUCCUUUUUCUAGACAUGAUAGAGUCAAACUGUAUAGGAGGAGUCUGACACUUUUUCCAUUCCUUAACCUGUGUCCUAUUACUACUGCACUUUUAGUUGCCGUUGAAGAUUUUCAUUGGAUAAGUAUACCGGGAAGGGGGGUCAGUACUUAAUAAAUAGGCUUAAAUACAGUGAUUUUGUCUGCUUUAAAGAGACUCUUACCAUAUUUUUUAAUUUGUUUGUCAGAGUUUUUUUUUUUUUUCUUUUCAAAACAAAUUACAAACGUGUGUUUGAAGGCUAAGCUGCUUAAAGUUUCUUAUCCAUUUAUACAGCUGACUAUUUUUAGUCUGUCAGUUCCUUGAUCAAGGUGGGGAGAUUUAAACCCAGAUCCUUCAAGUGGAAGCCAAAGGCUCUAACAUUUCACUACAAGCUGCCCACGUGUUUGUCAUGUAUGAAUUCCCAGUGAUAUCUAGCUAUAAAAUAAAUUUCCAUGUUUAAUUUGUAAGCGGAUAAUAGUGUAGUAUGCAGAGGUGUGCUUUUCGGGAUGAAACUGCAAUAUGAGUUAUAUUCUGGUGGGGUGAACAUGAUGGGGCUUAGGUCAUGGCUUAUAAAUCAGCAGACAGGGAGUCUAGCUGACUAUGCAGACAUACAUUUCAUUUAUCUGUCCUCUACUGUCUAUCACCUUUAAAUCACAUUUUAAAUUGGCUUAGUUUUUUGUGUCAGAAUGAAGCACACACUGUUUUAUUCAUUUAACCUUUACAGUAUAAGUUUCAGACUAGUGUGGUUGCUGUUAUCCACAAAUAAGUCUAACCAUGAAAAGGUACAUUGUUUAAGUGCACCUCAGCAGUACUGUCUUGUCGGCCCUGAUUUCUUUUCUAUCCUUUUCCUCUCUCGUUGAACUCUGUGCCAUGUGUUUUGUUUUAUGUGGGUUUUAAUGUGUAGAGUGCUUGAAAAUAUAUAUAUUUUUACUUGAAGCAUGAUUUCCAUAUUGGCUUUAUUAUCUGUAGAUUACUUAAUGUUGACACCGAGCUGCUGCUUGAAAUGACCACUGUAAUGAUUGCUGCUGAUGGACGAAAGGAAAGAUGCAGAGGAAACGGACUGUGUGCCUCUGUGCCGUGUUCCUUUCAGAUGGCUGUACAUUCACCAAUACCUGCAUUAAAAUUAAUGUGACCAAUAGAAUAUCUACUGUCUUUUUGGAUGCACACUUUGCGUCGUUUUGUAAAAGUUCAGGGAGGUGAUGACUAGCAGUACUGUUUAGG